AAAGAUUGAGAAACGAACACAAAUCUCAACCUUAUACAAGACAAAAAAAAGAGAGAGAGAUACAGAGAGAUCUUCAAAAAAUGGCGAUCGUGAGCCCUAACUUCUGUGCACCGUACCCUAUAGAGUUGGGAAUCGUACGCAAGGUGAUGACUUUAACCGAUGGUAACUUCGCCGUCACGGACGUUAAUGGCAAUCUCCUUUUCAAAGUGAAAGAACCAAUGUUUAGCAUCAGCGACAAAAGGAUUUUAUUGGACGCAUAUGAUACUCCAAUCUUGACUUUGAGAGAAAAUAAGGUGAGCUUGCAUGAUAGGUGGCAAGUAUUUAGAGGGAAAAGUACAGACCAAAGUGAUCUAGUAUACACAUUGAAACGAUCGUCGAUGAUUCAAAUAAUGAAGCCAAAACUUGACAUCUUUUUGGCUCAAAAUAAAGAAAUGAAGAUAUGCGACUUCCAUGUGAAAGGAAGUUGGAUCGACCGGUCUUGUGUCGUAUACGCUGGCAAAUCUGAUGCCAUGGUUGCUCAGAUGCACAAGAAACAUACCGCAGAAAGCAUAUUAAUAGGGAAGAGUAAUUUUUCGGUUACGGUCUAUCCGAAUGUUGACUUUGCUUUUAUAGUCUCUCUUAUUGUAAUUCUCGAUGACAUUAACCGAGAAGAUUCAGAAUAGGAUAUGUUUCAACUAAUUUCUUUUUGUGCGUUGCAAAUAUUAUUAUGUAAAACUCGUAAAUUAUAAUAGUAUUUGUUAAUUAUUACAAUCUUUAAAGUGAAAUCUAUUACCAAUGUCUAUCAAUUUA